AUGCAAAGAACCAGCACAUGCACUUUCCUCUGUAACUCCUCCGCAAGAUCUUUUAACAAAGAAAAUACUCUCACAAUCGUUUUACUUCCUACAGCAACCUUCAUCAAAUUGGGUAUUCGUAUGCCUCGGAUCAUUCAAGCAAAACACAUUCUCCAAAGAUCUUUGUCAAAUGGAACUCGCACAUCAACAAUGGAUCUACCAAAAGGCUAUUUUGCAGUUUAUGUUGGGGAGCAAAAGCAAGAAAAGAGGCGCUUUGUGGUUCAUGUGUCGUUGUUAAGCCAACCUUCAUUUCAAGACUUAUUACAUCAGGCAGAGGAAGAGUAUGGAUAUGACCAUCCAAUGGGUGGCCUCACAAUCCCAUGUAGUGAGCACACAUUCUUUGAUCUCGCAACUCGUCUGGGCGCAUUAUGA